AUGAAGAUGAUCCCGCAGCUGAUUGAGGUCUGGAGAGCGGGUAUAGACGGCGCCAAUCAUACGUAUCACGGCGAGUACUGGUGCGAGCCUCGAACGUAUUUCUGGAUUGUGGGAGAGCCUUUCAAGAUCCCGCUUUGGAAGAACACAGGGAUGGAAAACAUGAAAGCGAUUGUAAUACGCCUCAAGAAGCAGGUCCCCGUUGAUGUCAAUUGGAGGCGAAGGCAAUGCGGCUGGGGAGAGGGUACUGCUCUCAAGCCAGUCUUGGUCGAUGUCGAAUGCUUCCUCGCCAUGGUUGGCCUCGAGAACUACAUCGGAAGAAAGACUUUCCAAAUCUACGGUGAGAGGCGGACUCUCCAGGACGCAUGA